GGACGUCUUUGGAAACUUUAGUCUCCUGGGGUCACGAGGAUCCCCAGCAGUUUUGCACCCCGGCUUCACCCCUGGCUCGCUAGGGAAGAAGAGUUGGGGAUGUCCGGCCGAGGCGCGGCCGCCACCCCCGCCCGCCCGGCCGCGACCCGGAGCGCGCGCCCGUGCCCGGCCCCCGCCCGCGCCGCCGCGCCGAUCAGAAGCGGGCUGCGGCCACUCUGCGCCCCGCGGCGGGGUAGACCGCGCGAGGCGAGCACUGGGGGCUUCCACCGACCAGCUGGCCCUGCUCACCCCGCUGGGAAACUUCUGCAGGCGCAAGGCCAUAGCUCCGCGCAGGGCCCAAGAAGGAAAGAGGCCCUGACUGGGAUCAAGUGUUUCCAAACGGAGUUGGCACGAAGAAACUGCUCGUGGAAGAUAGCUCUGACUUGUUUUCUACACUUGAGGAUCCCCCUGCCAAAAAAAAAAAAGAACGAAAUUUGCAAACGACUAAAUUUCCUCUUCACCAAGGUCGUUUACAGAGGUGUUGUGUUGAGUGUCUAUAUUUUGGAAAGAUUGAAGCCACAGGAAAAAAUAAAUACAGUAAGAGGGUCAGGGUACAGAAUUGAUUUAGCCAGGAGACAUAUGCAAAAAGUGAAAAAUAUUGUUUCUGUAUUAUUUAAAAUUUUAUUUAAUCUAUUGGGAAGUGAUUUAGAAGCUCACUUUUGAACGUAAUUUAAAUUACUAAACUCAUUUCCUGACUUUUCACUCUAAUUCUUACAUCAUUUCAAAUUUGAAAGGCAGCAAACUGCAACUGAGUUUUAUGGCAGCCUUAAAACAUUAUUGCUGCCUAUUCAUACUAAGUUUAGUGACUAUUUUUCUAUCUCUUAUUUUUUUAAGCCUAGGGACUGCUGCAUGAAAAAAAAAACCCCUCUGAAGUACAGAAACUUGGUAUUGUUCUUUAUGGCAUCAGAAAACCAAACAAGAACUACGAAAACAAAAAUUGGAUCUCAGUUUCUACAUUUGCAAAAUGAAGAAAUCUACCUGAUCCUAGAUAAAUUAUGAAUAAUUUGUUUAUGUGUCUUCAAGAGUUGGGACCACAAAUAUCAAUUGAAAUGUAGUCUAAGAUGUUAUCUGCCCUCAAAAUAUUGUACAUUCAAAUGGGAGAUAUUCGAUAGUUGAGUUUCUUUAGUCAUAUAGAUAAGUCCCUCAAAAUAGCUGAAUCAUUGUACUUCCCGUGCUUCUAAACACAGUGUAUGCUAUUAAGUCAAAAAUGUGUCAUGGGAACCCAAAAUCCCUUACCACUUACUACAGGACUGAAUUAACAGUGUUGACACACUGGAGUACUCCUGCAUGCUUAUUUUGAAACAGUUUGCAGGAAACAUCUAGAGUGUUAUGAAGCCUUUGCUACAGCAUAUAACAAUACAUAAGCAACAUGGCAGUGUUGGCCAGCAAGGAUUAUGGGCUAUACGAAGUAUGAAUUUACCUCUAAUAGAAGAGUAUAUUGAGCCAUUUUGCUUUUUUAAAGAAAAGGGAAAAAUGUUUCUCUGAAUAGUCAUAGGAAAAUGUCUUGAAAAUUACAACAGGAAAUAGCAAAGUAUUUGUGGACUUGGUCUAAAUCAGGAGCCUAGACGAACUUGAAGAAACUAGCCUGGGAUUCUUAGUUUUUCAAGCUCCAUACCCACUGAACCUUAGUCACGGCCAACUUCAGUGUCUAGGCUUCCUCUGGUUUUGUGAAGACUUUGAUGAUGGAAAAGCAAAGGACUUAACUUCUUGCUUCAGUAUCACCUAAAGUCAACUGAAAAGUGAACCAGACAGUAGUACAACCAUGGAAAAGAAUUCAAGUUUAUGGAAGAACCUGAUAGAUGAACAUCCAGUCUGCACAACCUGGAAGCAAGAGGCCGAAGGCGCCAUUUAUCAUCUUGCCAGUAUUUUAUUUGUAGUAGGUUUCAUGGGUGGCAGUGGAUUCUUUGGGCUCCUUUAUGUCUUCAGUUUGCUGGGGCUGGGUUUUCUAUGCUCUGCAGUCUGGGCAUGGGUAGAUGUCUGUGCUGCCGACAUAUUUUCCUGGAAUUUUGUACUGUUUGUCAUCUGCUUCAUGCAAUUUGUUCAUAUUGCAUAUCAAGUUCGCAGCAUAACCUUUGCCCGAGAAUUCCAGGUGUUGUACAGCUCCCUUUUCCAGCCCCUGGGGAUCUCUUUGCCCGUCUUCAGAACGAUUGCUUUGAGCUCUGAAGUGGUUACUUUGGAAAAGGAGCACUGUUAUGCCAUGCAGGGGAAAACCUCCAUUGAUAAACUGUCCCUGCUUGUUUCAGGAAGGAUCAGAGUAACAGUUGAUGGCGAGUUUCUGCACUACAUUUUCCCUUUCCAGUUCCUGGACUCUCCUGAGUGGGACUCACUGAGACCCACAGAGGAAGGCACUUUUCAGGUAACCCUUACAGCAGAAACUGAUUGUCGAUAUGUGACUUGGAGGAGAAAGAAAUUAUAUUUGCUCUUUGCUCAGCAUCGUUACAUCUCCCGCCUGUUUUCAGUUUUAAUCGGCAGUGACAUUGCAGACAAACUCUACGCCUUGAAUGACAGGGUGUAUGUAGGAAAAAGAUAUCACUAUGACAUUCGGUUACCCAACUACUAUCAUAUGUCAAGUCCAGAAAUGCCCCGAUCACCACUGACAGAACAGUUCCGGAAUUCCAGGGGAUACUGUAAUAAAUAACAUCAAAAUCUGAAGUUUUUUAACUAUUAAAAAGACUCUUCAUCAUUCCCCAAAAGAAAUAGCAAAAUUAAAGAAAAUUGAGCUAAUAUUUUUAUAAAAUGAAUGCAGAGACAAGAGGCCAUUGCCAACUGUUUCAAUCAUCUCAACUUUUGUGUUGUGAAUAAAUUUUACAAAUUGUU